AUGACAACAAUCGACAAGAAUCGGUCAAUUAUUAAACAACGCGAAAACACACCGAACACACAGAGAAUGGCCACAUGUUAUGCUGAACAGCAGUUGAAACUGUUGGCUAGUGAUUAUCAAGUGGAUAUCAACUCAAUCGACUUCGCAUUAGAACUCGACAAGAAUGACUCACUACACUCCUAUCGAUCAGAAUUUCAUUUACCAGAUUACAAUGAAGUGAUGAAAGUGAUUCAGUCGAAAUCUGACAACAGCAGUCAAGACAAUGAUGCAAGUGAUUCACAAAAACGGAUUCUCUACUUUUGUGGAAAUUCAAUGGGUCUGCAACCAACACGCUUGAAAGCCUAUCUGGAUAGUAUAUUAAAUCAGUGGAGAGAUUUAGGCGUUUUAGCCUAUCAUUAUGGUAAGUUGCCAGCAUCCUAUUGUGAUGAACAAUUAUCAAUCGAUUGUGCUCAAUGGAUUGUCAAUGCUCAAGCAAGUGAAGUUAGCAUCACUUGUAAUCUAACAGUUAAUAUGCACAUGUUAAUUGCAAAAUUCUACCGACCGAAAGGUGAUAAGAACUGCAUCCUAAUUGAAGAUGGAAUCUUUCCAAGUGAUCUGUAUGUUUUGGAAUCACAAAUCAAUUGGCAUGGUUUAACACCAGACGAGUGCAUUAUCAAGAUGAAACCACGUGUCAAUGAGUACUGUUUGCGAAAUGAAGAUAUUCUACAAGCGAUUAAGCAGAAUCAGCAUCGAAUUGCAUUGAUUUGGUUACCAGGAGUACAGUAUGUUACGGGACAGUUAUUUAACAUGGAAGAAAUUACUCGAUGGGGUCAUGAAUAUUCACAAUGUCCAGUUGGAUGGGAUUUAGCUCAUGCUGUCGGUAAUGUGCCCCUACGUCUACACGACUGGGAUGUUGAUAUGGCUGUAUGGUGUUCAUACAAAUACUUGAAUGGCAGUCCAGGAGCUAUGGGUGGUUUAUUCGUCCAUGAAAGACAUCAUCAUCAAGAAGGUAGUUAUGGACCGAAAUUUGUUGAGUCCAAUAGCAACAACAACAGCAACAACACGAAUGGUAUUCACAAUGACAUAUCUGGUCCACAGUUGACCGGUUGGUGGAGUCAUCGAUCCGAGACACGACUUGAUCUCACUGGCCAUAUGGAAUUGGCGAGAGGCGCUGAUGCCUAUCGAAUAUCUAAUCCUCCAUUACUAUUGGCUGCCGCCUUAACGGUCAGUCUCGAUAUAAUCAAAUCAUGUGGAGGUAUGCAUCGUUUGAGAGAAAAGUCAAUACAAUUGACUAAUUACCUUGAAUAUUUGAUUACAAGCAGUCCAUUAGCUCUGCCACACAAUCAAUAUCAGCUGGUGACACCAUCCAAUCCAAGUGAACGUGGUGCACAGUUGACAUUGAGUUUCACUUACGCUAACGUCGAGAAAGUUUAUGAGAAUCUCUUACAGUUGGGUGCUAUAUGUGACUAUCGGAAACCAAGUUUCUUACGUAUUUCACCAAUACCAUUGUAUAACAGUUUUGAAGACGUCUACUUAUUUGUGAAAUGCCUUCGUCAAACUUUGAAUAAUACAACAAAUUAG